AUGAAAGAGAAAGAAUCAAGAGGUUCCAGUGUCACCAUCGGAAGUGGGAAUUAUACACUGCCAUUCUCAAUCACGACGUGCGAUCUACAAUUCAAAUACUUGUCAGAUCCAUUACCUCAGCAGAGACCAUUGAAACAAGAUUGUGUUCUCAUGGUGAAUCCACAAAUCGUUUCUGGAUCACCAUUAUCAUUCAAGAUUGACACCGAGUUGCAGAACGGACCUUGUCUCCUUCUCAAUCAGCCAAUUCCGCUGAAGAUAGAUAUCACUAAGCAUGGGGAUGUGUGCUGUGGUAUCAUACUGAACGAGUUCCAGACCAUGCUGGUCGAGAAAACGCAGGUCAAAGCCCAAGGCAUAACCGAGUCAUCAACCAGCACGUGGAUCGUGCAAAGCUCAGCUAACAUGGAUUAUCCGGUUCCACUUGCAAAAAGCCGUGCUGGAAAAGUGGUGACACUGCGUGAUUCCAUAUAUUCCCAGCACCCACUACCCUCAGGGCUGACCUCCAGCUUCGAAACUCAGACAAUCAUCCAGGAAUUUGAUUUCCCGGUAUAUGUGAUGGGCUCGGCUUCCAUGAUUCCUCCACUGAUUCAACUAUGA